CUGGGUAUAUUUACGGGUGGUAGACGGUAGUUUAUUUAACUUUAGUGUUACCGCAUCGAAGUGGUGAAAGGUGAUUUAAAGUUGGAUUUAAGUGUUUAUUAAACGUCCGAAAUACAGUAAUGCAAAUAUGAAUAAAGUAGCAGGACAAUCAAGUCGUAUUUUGAUGGACAUACCAUGUAAAGUAUGUCAGGAUCAUUCCUCUGGAAAACAUUAUGGAAUCUACGCAUGUGACGGAUGCGCCGGAUUUUUCAAGCGGUCUAUAAGAAGAAAUAGACAAUAUAUAUGCAAGUCACGUGGUCAGAGCAGUUGCCCAGUAGACAAGACACACAGGAACCAGUGCCGCGCGUGCAGACUUAAGAAAUGUAUGGAAGCAGGCAUGAACAAAGAUGCUGUGCAGCAUGAGAGAGGGCCUCGAAACUCUACAAUCCGUAGACAGGUGGCCAUGUACCUGAAAGAGACUAGCGAACUCAACUCCUUGUACGGCUCUUCUCCAUUCCCGUCCCCCUACAUGCCAGGGUUCUACACGUUUGAACGUCUAAAUGACGGAAUAACCGUCAGUGCAGUGGACCCACCUUCCUCUCCUCUGACACCUAUAGCAAGCCCCAUAACACCCACACCGACCUCUCCGGGGAUCAUUUGUCAACCAACACCCAAGUACCCCCACGAGCUGAUACAGUCCUAUUUUAGUAACCCCGAGGCUGUGUGCGAAGCCGCAGCAAGACUUCUUUUCAUGAGCAUUAAAUGGACAAAGAAUGUACCUGCCUUCUUGGGUUUACCGUACAGAGACCAAGUGACACUGCUGGAAGAAUCCUGGAGGGAGUUGUUUGUUUUAGGAGCAGCACAAUUCCAGAUGCCCAUAGAUGCUUCUACUUUACUGUCAGCUGCAGGUCUUAGCAGCGAGAAUUCUCAAACAGAGAAGGUCAUGAACUUGAUGACAGAGAUUCGAGCCCUACAAGAGAUUAUAGCCAAAUUUAAAACUAUACAAGUCGACGCUACAGAGUACGCUUGUUUGAAAGGAAUUGUACUUUUUAAAACUGUUCUUCCUGGAAACACAUCUAGUGACGUGAAGACGCUCCGAGACUUUCAUACAGUAGCGUCAUUGCAAGACCAAGCUCAAAUGACCUUGAGCAAAUAUAUACAAACCUCUUACCCCACCCAGCCAUUCAGAUUCGGAAAACUUUUGUUGUUAUUGCCAACGCUAAAGACUGUUAGCGGCUCCACCAUUGAAGAGCUGUUUUUCCGUAAAACUAUCGGAAGCAUUCCUAUUGAACGGCUAUUAAUAGACAUGUUUAAAUCAAACGACUUUUGACCCUCUGUCUGGCACAAAGUGUUUAAAUUAUUGUUAUAGAUUAGUUGAAUGUAUCAGAUAUAUUGCAUAAUAUGUUUUUCUUCCCUUAUAAAGGGACAGUAUUUGGUGCAGAACCCCGAUGUAUGUAGAGGUGUAAAAUUAGAUACCAUUUCACAUAGGAAUUAAUGGUUAAGAUAGCAAAUAUCAAUUGCUUAUGUUUGGCAAAGAAAUUUUUUAAACUUUUUGGACCAGAUUAUAAAUGCAGAAAAUGAGAAAUGGAUAAAAUUGUAUACUGUAGCUUUUUCAUAGCUUGUCUAUGUAGUGAUCCUUAUGAUUCGAUUGUUCUGAAAUUAGAUUUUUUGUAUUAUGUUACCAAUGUUACCAUCUAAAUGUAAUAAGUAGAUUUGCCUAUUAAGAACUGGCGGUUAGAUUUACUCUUCUGGUAUGUUUGCUCUGAAAGAACAUAAGUGUAGGAAAAUAGUUUAGAUUUAAUGAUUAUUAGGAAGUUCAGACCUUUAAGUUUCAAAAUGCUUUGGGGUUUGUAGAGACAAUUCUUGUAAUGUUGCGCGGAAAUCUGGUACAUUUGUACAUUCUUACUGUAAACUACCAUUAUUAACAUCAGCUCUAAAUCCAAUUUAGAAAAUAUCAAUAAGUUUUAAUUAAAAAGGAGUUGAUUCUAAUUCUAAAAUAAUUAGCUUGUAACUUUGGUACAAAAUGUCUGGAAGACGCAUAAUCGCUGGAUGUUUGUUAAAAAUGUUUUAUUUUGACUGGACAGAAAAUGUAUUACUAAGAUAUGCAAAAAAUGUCAUUGUUGGUGCAAAACUGUCAAGAUUUAUUUCAUUAAAUCAAUUUUCCCAGAUCAAGAAGUUUAGGGUUUCAUAGAUAUAAAAACAUUUUAACGGUUUCUUGUUUAUGGGUAGCUAGAGUAUCCCAUUCUCUUUAAACUUGCUUCCUUUUCAGAAUUACUACAUCAAAAGUCGGCAUUAAGGUGAAAAUAACCAAAAUGAAGUAAAGUCACACAUAGAAUAGCCAAAAUGUAUUCUUCAUAAAUUUUCAACACUAAAAUAACAAAUGUAAUAUCAGAAUGAUUUCUAACAGAUUGUCUAAAUGGUUUUAUUUAACACUUGCAAUGCCCCUUUCCGGUCAUGGGUGUUAAAGUGUUCAAAAUUGCAGCAAUUUACGAAAUCACAAAGUCAUACUUUCUUACCAUCUAUGCUCGCGUCUACAUUUCGGAACAGUAGACAACACUAUAAGAUUAUUCCGCAGUCGUAUGGUGAAUCACAAGUUACUUUUUGCAAACGUACCCCCGCACCCCCUGAGUUUUUUAACGUUUACCAUGUCACAAUCCUUUAAACGAAAAGUCUUUAGAAUAAGUAUAAACUCAAUCUUACACAAGUUCGUCGCCGAAAAGUGGCUUUGAUGGGAACAUUUAUUAUUGUCAUUUCGACAGUUAAAUUUUUUAUAGCUGUUGGGCUAAAAAAAAAUCCAAAGUAACUACGUAAAGUGACUUUUGUACCAACUCGAUGUGCAUUCGUUAAUUCAUUGUAGUUUUAGUGUCUGCUGUCUGUUUAAAGUCCCAAUGCAUUGUUUUAUAAAAUAUUCGGUCGAGACUAAAAUGAAUGGAUGUGACAUGACUGCAUUCUACGGUCGUUUACCUGCAGUUUUUAAAAUAGGAGAAAAGAAGACAAAACUGCGCACUGCAUAUGGGCUUUUUCUCACGAUGCCUAAUCAUUUGGCCAUUUCUUUCUUCAACGUUAAUAAGUCUACGAACUAUCUGAACGUUUCUUCAUAAUGGCGAUAAUAAGGCGGAAAUUGGCUACUAUCUUUGCGGCUAAUCUUACCUCUAUAUAGUGGAGAGUUUCAAAGAUCGUGAAAAACGAAAAUUUGACGUGACAACUUUAAUGGCGAUUUAAUUGAAUUUCGCCUUUAUUAGAAAAUUGAUGGGCAAUUGUCUGAUAUUAAUUCAGCACGCACAAAACGACAGAGUUGCUAAAUGAGCCAUCCGAUGAAUAAUUAACAAGUAUACGAUAUUUGUGUACUUUGUGUUUUAUUUGAGCUAAGAUCAAAGCUUUUUAAGCGAAAGACAAUCGAUUUGGGAGGCACGUUGAGACUUUAAAAUCAAAUUAUUCAUUAAUUAUGAAAAUGUUCUAUUUUAUGAAGUAAAUGUUUGUUACUUAUUCAAAUUUGAUUUUGUUUGCUCGCAGUAAAAUAGGAUAUUACAGCACGAUCGGAUUCACAUUUUAUUUGAAUGAGAAAGCUAUUUUAAUUUUAAGAAAUGCCUUUUCUCCAGUUGUAAUAAUGCAUGUCUUAAUAUCUUCACAUGAGACUUUGGUUGUCGAGCUGGACUUGAAAAAACACUAAAUCGUUUUGGUGUACAUUUCUACGCAAUUUAAAAAUUUUUAUAUGAUCGGAGUAAGAUAUUCUAAAGAGUAUUUUAGGCUUUUUUGUCUACUUAAGAUUUAAUAGAAGUAAUUGUUGUUAUUACAAACUAUAUUACAGUUCAAAUUAACUAAAGAUUGUAAGAAGAAGGUUUUUUUUCCAUCUCUCUAAAGUGUGUUACUUUUUUUUUCUAUGAAACGGACCCAAAGAUUAAGAUAUACAAAACAGUAUCAGUGUAGCCAUUUUUCAUUUGAUUAGUUAAUGAUUGACUUCUAAACCAAAUCUAAAUAAAUAAUGUCAUAAUUGUUUGAAAAAUUCAUUGUUUUUAUCAAAGUUGUUUUGUCCUUAUGGGAUUCAUAGAUCGCACAGUAUCUCAAUAUUUGUUGUUUGUGAAUCUAAAUUUUGUUUUAUAAAUGUUUAAAAAGAGAGUAUUAUAUUGUCAAUAUUAUUAAAAGUAUUACUA